AAUUGCUGGAUUUUCAAGACUUAAGCACACCCAACUCUUUCUCAUUACAUUAUGGAAAAAUCAAAAUUUUCCAUGAAACCUCCAACUCAUGGAAACCUCAUUACAGUUCUCAGUAUCGACGGAGGUGGAAUAAGAGGGAUUAUUCCGGGAAUUAUUCUUGCCUUUCUAGAGUCUGAGUUACAGAAAUUGGAUGGCAAGGAGGCGAGAAUAGCAGAUUAUUUUGAUGUGAAUGCAGGGGCAAGUACAGGAGGCCUCGUAACUACCAUGUUAACAGCACCAAAUGAAGAAAACCGCCCUAUGUAUGCAGCCAAAGAUAUCAAGGCCUUUUAUUUCGAAAAUGGCCCUAAAAUUUUUCCUCAAAACAGGUACUGUCUAUUUGGCUAUGCUUUAAGAGAGAGCAAAACAAUUUUUGGACCAAGAUAUGAUGGCAAGUAUCUCCAUAGCCUUCUCAAGGGAAAACUAGGAAACAAGAGAUUGCACGAGACAUUAACUAAUGUUGUCAUCCCAACUUUUGACAUCAAAGAACUCCAACCAACAAUUUUCUCAUCUUUUGAGACAAAGAAGAAGCCUAGCCUGAAUGCUUUACUCUCAGAUAUAUGUAUUGGAACUUCAGCUGCUCCCACUUAUUUCCCUGCCCAUUACUUUGAAACCAAUAACUCCAACGGAGAAGUGAGAAAAUUCAAUCUUAUCGAUGGCGGUAUGGCUGCUAAUAAUCCGACCUUACUUGCUAUUGGUGAAGUAACAAAAGAGAUCCAUCGAGGCAAUCCUGGUUUUUCUUCAAUAAAGGCAGCAGAUUAUGGACGACUUCUGGUGAUAUCCAUUGGAACAGGCGCACCAAAAGUUGAAGAGAAGUACAGUGCCAAGAAAGCAGCUCAGUGGGGUAUAUUUGGGUGGUUAACCAGUAGCCAGUCCACGCCAUUAGUAAAUGUAUUCACUCAAGCGAGCGCUGAUAUAGCAGAUCUUCUCAUUUCUGUGAUUUUUAAAUCCCUAGAAAAUGAAAAAAGAUAUCUCCGGAUCCAGGACGAUACACUAAAAGGAGAUUUAUCUUCUGUGGAUAUCUCUACCGUAAAAAAUUUGAACAAUCUGUCAAAAGUUGCAGAAGAAUUGUUAAAAAAACCCGUUUCAAGAGUGAAUUUGGAGACAGGAAAAUCGGAGCCCGUAGAAAAUGAGACUAACGAAGAGGCUCUUAAAAGGUUCGCAAAACUGCUCUCAGAAGAGAAGCGGCUCCGUGAGGCCGCAUAUUACAAGAACAAAUCGUAGAGUUUUCUCCCUUAUGAUUCAAGUGUAAUACGUUAUGUCUUAUUGAAUAAACAGAUUUCACGUUAUUGAAUAAUCGAGCGUGGCAUGACCUUGAAUGAGAAAAUGCUUUCGUCAUACUAAUGAUCAUUUGUACAAUAUUUAGGACCAAUUUGAUCUUGAUGUUUCUAGUUUGUAAGAUGCAUUGGACGAAUAAUAAAUAAUGCAAUAAAAUUAGCUAUGUAUAUUGUAUAUGCUAAAUUUCCAACCUCUUUUGUAUUUCUUUCAGUAAUAAAAAUGU